UGAGUUACUUACAGGUUACGUAACAUGGAACCGACACAGAGAAAAUUAUGUCUGCGACUCCGAACAAAUUGUCUCCCUCUUCUUUCGAUCUGACCCGGUUUUACUUCUCUCGUAAUCGAAUCAAUCAAUUGGAUCGCAUCUUCCAGGGGAACUCGAAGGUUCGGUCAAGAGGAAGAGGAGGAAGAAUAAACCUUGAUCUGAUUUAUAUCUAGACGAACCCAAAGUAGAGUUUUUUGAUUGAUUCAUAGGACUCCAUGGACGUUCCUAGCUCUUGGGAUGAUUUACGGAAACAGGCUAGAAAGAUUGAAGCUCAGCUUGACGAGCAGAUGCAUUCAUAUCGCAGACUUGUUUCCGCAAAGUCUGAUGGUGGUGCAGAGAGUGAUCUCGAGGCUGGGAUUGACUUGCUAUUAAGGCAACUUCAACAGGUUAAUGCUCAGAUGCAAGCGUGGGUUUCUUCUGGUGGCUCAGAGAUGGUCUCCCAUACUUUAACUCGACAUCAGGAGAUCCUUCAAGAUCUCACACAGGAGUUUUACCGACACCGCUCCAAUCUUAGAACAAAGCAAGAGCAUGCUUCACUUCUUGAAGACUUUAAAGAAUUUGAUCGGACUAGAUUAGACUUAGAAGCUGGUGGGGAUGGGUCGACAGAGCAAGCGCUGCUCAACGAACAUGUGGGGAUUAACCGCAAUACAGCGCAGAUGGAUGGUGUCAUUUCACAAGCUCAAGCAACGCUCGGUACACUUGUGUUUCAACGUUCAACUUUUGGAAGAAUCAACUCAAAGCUUAGCAAUGUCACUAGCCGUCUACCCACGGUGAACACUAUUCUGUCAGCUAUAAAGAGGAAAAAGUCCAUGGAUACAAUCAUUCUUUCACUCGUCGCCGCUGUAUGCACAUUUCUCAUAUUCAUCUACUGGUUAACCAAGUAAAAAAAAUCUGCUCUGUUCUUUCGAUUCAUCUCUCUGUGUUGAGAGCCACGUCCGGUUUUCCCGUGUUGCUAUUUUGUUAUCAUUGAUGUUCUCUAAUCUCUAGUAAAGCAUGUACAGAUCGAAAACAUAAACAUUUUCUGUACACCAAGCAAACUUUGUCCCUAUCUUUGUAGUUUAGACGAAGCUUAUACAACAACCAUCUGUUUCUCUCA